UCAUAAAAAAUAGUCAUGGUCCUUUUCCUGACCUCGAACAAUUCCCAAGGCACAGCACUGACCUCGACGUCCCUCUCCUCCGCACAGGUGGCGCCGAGCGAGAUCGAGAAGAUCGUGCGGGAGGUGGAGGGCGUUGCUGAUGUAUCCGUGGUGGGCAUUCCCGACGGCAGGCUGGGCGAGGCACCGAGGGCGUGGGUGGUACCAGCGCCCGGGGCCAGUCUUGAUCCGGCUCACAUUCAGCAGUAUGUUGCAGGCCGAGUCUCCGCGCCUUACAAGCAGCUGGCAGGAGGCGUGGAGUUGGUGAACGAACUCCCCAAGAAUCACCUGGGAAAGGUUCUCAAAAGGAAGCUCAAAAUGGACUUUCUCAAACCUCGCUCCAAACUAUAAAGAUUACCCUCCCCUCUGUCUCCUCCUUCCUACUCCUCUCUCUCUCCCUCAACAUCUUUCUCUCCCUCCCCUCCCUCCUUCCCUCCUUCACCCUCCCUUUUCCCUCUAUUCCAUCCUUCCUUGUCGGCCUCAAUAUGUGCUGUACUGUUUACGCGAUUUUAAACGGGUAGAUUAUGCUGUUGGUAUACUUCUCAUGUAAUCUGUAUUGUGUAUCUAACGUUGGGCAUUU